AUUCUUGAAAGAAUAUGUACGGGGAAGAAUACCUGCACGACGUCUAGCUUGACAAUACGCCUGAGGGUCUUGUCGAAGUCCAAUCGCUUUACUUAGCAGCAGGAAAAACGGCCAGCCUCUUCUUCACAUCUCGCUGCAACGUGGUUCACGAUGACGACACUAAUUGGUGGUCGUACGGUCAAUGCGUCGAGUGCGUCGCCAAGCACUGAUCGCAAAAAGCGUCUAGCUUGCGAUAACUGCCAUCUCUCAAAGGUUCGCUGCACCGGCGAGCUCUCUGGUUGCCAGCGCUGUGAGCGUGGCAGCAAAACAUGCCACUACAGCCAGUCGAACAUGGGCCGCACACCAGUAGAUAGAGCAAACAGGAGACGCAAGUCAAGCGUUGCCAAAGCCAUGGGCUCGUAUAUCACCAGCCCUGGUGGUAGUCAUCAUCAGCAGCAGCAACCACACGACUGGAAUUCGUCUAACAGCCUAUCUAGCGGGGUUGGCGACGCUGAGCAGCAGAUCGAGCAGAACGGGCUACAGUUCCCCGGUUCGUCAGUAGAAAGAAACUAUAGCCUCCAUCAUCAUAAUCGACCAGCAAGUGAUUCCAUGAGUAUCUCAGACGAACCCACCGGUCAGCAGCAACGAAAACACUCGGCAACAUCCAUGUUACUUGAUAAUAUCGGGGACGAUCUUCAAAGCCCCGGUUUUGACCCGCUCAUUUCGAAUUUCGAGGAUAUAGACUUUUCAGAUAUCGAUGAUAAUCAUUUUGAAGUUAUCGGAACUCCUUUAGAUUUAACAUUUCCUCGGCUCAUUAGCCCCCAAUCUCCUCGAGCUUCACCAUCUCGACAACAACAGCAGCAGCAACAGCAACAACAACAGCUUCAUACAACACAACUCUUUGGAACUUCUUCCUCAACAACGACAUCAAGCUACCAGGGCCCUGGUUCCGGACAAACGCCCGGUACACCGCAUUCUUCUGGGGGUGACGUCAACUACUGGACGACGCAGCUUGAAGAGCUCUCCCGCAGACCACACAAAUCACCCAUGCCGCUCGAUGAAGUGCUUCAUCAGAGCUCACAACUCCUUCCACGCGUCACUGAGGCUCUCCGCGCAUUGCCUUUAGCAGACCCGCUAUCCUCUACGCAUAUGAUUCUCAUAUUAGUCUGCCUCACGCAGGUGAUUACCUUCUUCGAGCAGUGCAUGCCGUCCAUAAUCUGCGGCCUCGCAAGUACCGGAUCAUCCGGAGACCUCUCACUGCACCUUGGCGCCUACCAAGUCGACCGCGAGGUCCAGCAAGCUUUACAGAUGCACGUUGUAGGAAAGGAAUUGUCAACGGUUCUCCAAGUAUCCAAGCUGAUCAAGCAGACACUGCUACAGCCGGAUUGGAAUAACGUCUCCAAGCGGACGCACGAUCUUCUGCUUGAAGACUUGCAGGUCAGGACGAAGACGUUGAUGUAUCAGAUGAAGCAGAAAUGGAGUUCGGCGCGGCGUCUCGCGCUAUGAGAGCGAUUGCCAUGUAUGUAAAUCAAAACUUGUUUGUAUGGGUAGCUAGCAUGGGCACCAGAGA